AUAAUUUAUUCAUUUCUAUUCUCUACCUGCAGCUUCUGGUGUGUCUUCGAAUGUUAAUAAGGAGGUGUGUUUAUGAGAAUAUCAGCAAGGAUGAUAUCCAAAAGCUGUUUCCCGCUGAGGUGCUUCCUGAAUUGCAAAGACUGUUGACACUUCUUUUGCAGAAAUUCCAACGAGAGUGGCAAGAAGAUGUGCUGAAAGACCAGAACACUGUGCCUCGUUUAAAGGCAAUGACAUGGAAUAUGGCAAAUCCAGACAAAGAAUCAACAGACCCUUCAGCUGUUAUUAAUCUGAAGCUUCAAAAUGAUUCUCCAUUACAUUUGGGAGAACUGGAUGUAAAGUUCCUGUUGGCUAAAGAUAGUCUAGAGAUGAUGCUGAAAUCCAUGCACAGCAUCAAAGAUCAGUAUCCAACAUUGGAUGUGGCUUCAAAUGGACAUUAGUACCAGUAAAGUGGGAAACCAAUGUUUGUCUCGUACCCUGUUAUGCAUGAUGGUUAUCCGGGCAUGAGUAGUGUAGUUUACUUGGGAUAAAAUAUCAUUCGGCUUGAAGUUACAGUCUCAGCCAACUUAGAAAGGCUUGUCAAUUUGAAGUCACAAUGACUGACUUAGAAGUGGUAAAACGCUCCGGAUGCCGGUUACGGGUC